UUAAGUGUAAGAAAAAAAAAGGAGAGAAAAAAAAAAAGAGGAGAGAAUUGAAAGAAAAAUGGAAGAGUAUGAAGGUGUAGGAAGAGCAUUUGUAGAUCAUUACUACCAUUUAUUUGACAACGAACGUCCUUCUCUUAUUACACUUUAUCAUCCAGCUUCAUUGCUCAAUUUUGAAGGCCAAAAAUUUCAAGGGAUAGAGGAGAUUUCUAGUAAGCUUAAUGGUUUGCCGUUUGAUCAAUGUCGUCAUGCAAUCAGCACCAUUGAUUCUCAACCUUCGUCCAUCAAUGGAGGUAUUGUUGUCUUUGUAAGUGGUAGCUUACAAUUGACGGGGGAGGAGCAUCAGCUAAGAUUCAGCCAGAUGUUUCAUUUGAUUCCAACGGGGCAAGGCAGCUACGCUGUGCAAAAUGACAUAUUCCGGCUUAAUUACUGUUGAUUUUGCUUCUACUUCUAUGUCCUGCCAGGAAUAUCCCAUGGUUGUAAACUUGUAAUUGCAAACAUUGUGGAAUUGAUGGACAAAAUCCAAUUAAAGUUUUUAUAUGAAGUAUUUUUCUAGUA